AUGAUUUACAAUGCGACUUGUUUAAGUCAAGCUCAAGAUGUUGAUGAUCUACGUAUGAUUCUGAUAGUAAUUCUAGGAUCGUCAGUAUCUCUCUUAGGCGUCGUUCUAAAUACGUUUCUGCUACUCUCAUUUUCUCGACUUCCGGUAUUCCAUUCAAAUCUACUGUAUCUGUUUCUGCUGGCUAUAUGCGAUAUUCUAGUUGAAAUUUGCUUUGUGUUAAUAUUUGUUUGUUCACUUUUAUGGGAUUUCUAUCAAAUCUAUCCUUUAUAUGUUAUAUGGCAUUACUAUAUACGUAUAGUAUCAACAGCUGGUCAGGUACUUAUUGCAUCAUCAACACUCUUGAUUGUGGCAGCUUCAUUUGAACGAUACUUCUGCUCAUUAAAAGGAUGUUUGGGAUUUUCGGAUCGCCAACGUGUCUUAGCUGUUAUUGUUGUCUUUCUAUCAGCUUUAAUUAUGAAAGGAACUGUCUUCGUUGAAUUGGAAUUGGAAUAUCAUCCAGAAUGUCCUCCGUUUGCAGAUCUACAACUUGCUCAAUCGUCAAUUACCAAAAUAGAUAGCUAUCGUCUCAUAUGGAUGUUCUGGGGAAGAAGCAUACUGACAGUCAUUGUACCUUUCAAGCUUCUGCUCUUUCUGAACGCAGCUACAAUCUCAAAUCUCAAUAAGACAUCAAGAGACUUCGAAAGUGUCCUUGUAGAGCAAAUGCCAUCAUUACUUCGUGCAAACAACGAAGCUUCAUCUGCACGACGACGUAAGCGUGAUGCUACACGCACGUUAACAGCCAUCGUCUCUAUCUAUUUGAUAACUAAUUUUAUAAAUAUUAUUAUAACAAUAUUUGAAUUCGUUGACAGUGGUCUGCUGGAAAUCGGUGGUGGAUGGGCCUAUCGUUAUUUGUCAGAUUUAUCGUCGUUGCUCACAAUAUCAUCUACAGCUGUACGUCUUCCUGUGUAUUUUCAUUGUAAUCAAGACAUGCGAGAGCAAAUUCGUCAAAAUGCAAGAGCUUGUUUUACGAAAGAACCUCUCAAAGAUGUUGGAGAAGCUAUAUAA